UCCUGGGUUAAGGUGCUCGGGCGGCAGCGAGCGCCCUGUGCCGGGAGCGGCCGCGGGCUCCGUCAGGCGCUCGUUUCCAGUUCCCAAGAUGAUGGCAGUGUAACUUACAAAAUAUUUCCAUUGAAGAAGCUGUUUUGAAAGCAGAAAUUUGUAGAGAAGUACUUGCUUCUGGAUGGCAUCUGUGUUCUCAUGUGAACCUAUGCGAGGUCUGUUAACUUGACCAUCUUUUCAGUGAUGAAACAACAUUGGGAAUUAUGGACAAAAACAUUGGAGAGCAGCUUAACAAAGCUUACGAAGCCUAUCGACAAGCAUGCAUGGAUAGGGACUACGCUGUGAAAGAACUACAGCAAAAGACAGAAAACUACAUGCAGCAAAUACGUGAACAGCAGGAAAAGAUAGAGCUUCAAAACAGCAUUAUUGCAAAACUGAAAUCGCAGUUAGCUGCUCUGAAUGCUAAUAGAGGUAAUGCACAUCCCUACAUUCUGAUGCAUGAAGACAUUGAAACCUCCAACUUGCCUUUCAGCCAGCUCUCUGAAAAACUGAACAUAGCAAAGCAAAGGGAAAAACUCUUAAAGGAACAGUUAGAAAGUGAGAGCAUGAAGUUGAAGCAACUUGAAGACAAAAGCAAUCAAAAGGAAAGGAAGUAUUUAUCUAUUAUUUCCAACCAAGAAGAUAAAAUAAGAACUCUGAAAAGCAAAUUGAAAGACUUAAAUGAAGCACAAAAGGGUAUACAGGUGCCAACAUAUAAAAGGGAGGUGAAAAGUAAGAAAAUUGUUCCAGAUAAGCCUGAAUUAUCUCUAGGGAUCUCCGGUAUUUCACCUAUGCCUGAAAGGGAGAAUCUGGAGACUAUUUUCCAGGACAUGAAAGAAGAGUGUCAUCGAAUCUGUAUGCUAGCCAGAGAACAAACAGACCAACUGAGUAAAUUUAAGAUAAAGCCAGAACCUGAAACUGAAAUACAGUUUUCCAUGCCGAUACAGUGUACUGAUAAAACUGAUGAACAAGCAGAAGAGCUUUUUAAGCCUCGGGUUAUAAAGGAUAUAAAUAGAGGUGCAUCAUGCAUCACAUCUAUCACACCAAGAGGAGUGGGCCAAGAUGAGGACAACAACUCUGUAGAAUCACUUUCUAAAUUUAAUGUCAAGUUUCCACCUACAGACAAUGACUCUGCUUUCUUGCAGAGCACUCAGGAAAAACCAACAGUUCCUUGUACUGGUAUAGCUGAAAACAUGCUUCAAGAUCAGAAUUUUAACCUGGAGCACAGAGACCGUGCUGUUAACCUCAGUAAAUUGGAACCUAACUCAUUUGAAGCUCAUGGAGUUGAUCUCAUGACCUCAGCUUUACAAAGCUUAACUACUGUUGACAAAACAACCCCCCCAAAUCAUGCAAACAUGCCCAUAGAAAAUACCCAUGACAAAACAUGUUUGAAAACAACAGACACUGGUUUCACAUUUGUACCUAAGCACACAAACCAGGGUGUACCUGAAGUAAUUUUUUCUUCUUUAGAAGCUGCUGGGACAACCAUCAGAGGUCCUCAUCAGCUCAUUUGGCAGCCUCGAGACAAUGAUUUGCUGGCACAAGCUUAUACAGACUCUGAACUGAAUCAGGGCGGAAUAUGUGAAUUCUGUCGAGAAGUUUUCCCACCAUCUCUAACAUCUAAGGAAGAUUUUCUUCGGCAUCUGAAUUCCCACUUUAAAGUACAGUCUUGAUGUAUGAGAAUUCAAUGGAUCACUGUUUUUGCAUACAUUUGAUUUUUUUUUUAUUCAAUAGAUAUGUUAAGAAUUUAAGAAUUAAGACUUCUUGUAACAAGAACUCAUGACUGAAAUUGUCAUAUAAGCACAUUUUUAAUUGUCCUUUGACAAGGUAAAAUGAAACUAAGUCACUCGGUACUGUAAUUCACAUUACUGCUUGUUAUGCUUCAAUAUUACCUUUGAGAGUGAUGUUAAACACCUUUUUUCUUUUCUUUUUUUUUUUUUUUUUUGCAAUUAAUCAUUGCCUGAAUAGGUCCAAAGACAUGAUUUUAUUUUUGAAUGUAGACUUGCAGGAUUAAUGCCUUAACCUGGCUGGGGAAACUGGUGUAAUGCUAAUAUCCAGUAUCCUCAGUAUCCAGUGAUGUGAUUAUGUUUUCCUUGAAGUAAACAGGAAGAGAAGUAGGCUCUCCUUUUUAAUUUCUGUUACAAAAUUUCCAAAUUUCACUUACAAUAGUAAACCUCUCAAUUCAGAUUCUUGUAAAAUCAUCACAGUAAGUGAAUGCCAGGUGUGCCAAAAUGAGGAUAGGCCUGUUCACUAGUAAGAUAAAUAAAUGGUUGACUUUCCCAGAUGAAUUGUUUACUAGAGAGAGUAAUCAAACACAGCCCAUAAAUUACUUCUGCCAAAAUGUAACAGCAGCAGUUUCGUGGAUAUCCGUUACAUGUUAUAAAAAAAAUAAGGAUUUUCUUCAUGUACCUUUCUAGCAUUAAUAAUUAGUUAAAAAUGCUUUCAUGGAAAAGGUUAUAUUAGUAUGAAGGACAGAGUGAGAAAAGGUUAAGCUUUCCCUAAAACUAAUAAUAACAAAGAUUAUUUCCCUUUCCUUCUGGUCUGCUAUGAAGGAUUGCUCAAGUCUGUUACAGCUUAGAAAUGAAAGGGGAAAGCCUAAUCACCGAGAUCUCAGUGACUUAAUCUUUAACCUGAAUAUGCUUAGUGGCUUUCUCAAUGCAAUUUAAAUUUGUGUUUAGUUGAAACAUUGCAUUCUGAUAAGGUUUGCACAUUUUCUGGAUUUUCUGGGAUCAAAUUAAAAGGUGGGGGGGGAGUUUACUAAGUAAUUUAAAUUAAUGGUAAAGGGUGACUUGGAGCUUUUUGCAUUUGAACUGAAUAUAGGUUUUAGUCCUGAUAUUUGAUAAUUAGCAUUAAUAUUUUUAUAGCAGCAAAGCACAACAGUUUCUCUUUUCAAAGAUUUGUUUGCAGGUGACCAAUUUCUGGAAGAAUUAACACCUGCAUAAUUUUUAGAAAUGGAUUUUCCUGCAAUUAUUUCCUCUAUUUUAAACAUCUCAUGUUUGUGACUGGCUGUCAACAGAGUGUACUGUAAUAAACAGCAGUGUACAGUG